AUGGCUGAACCCGAGGUGGAGGUGGCCGCAGCCACAGCCGCAGCCACAGCGAUGGAAACCGAGGCGCCUGCAGCAGCCGGUCAGAAGAGGGAGCGGGAGGAAGGAGGUGAUCCUGCUGCUGAUGGCGGCGAGGCGGCGGCGGCUAAGAAGCCGAAGGUGGAGGAGGAGGCCAAGGAGGCAGAGGAAGCGGAGGAGGGGAAGGCAGAGGAGGUGGAGGAGGGGAAGGCAGAGGAGGCGAAUGAGGAGAAGGCAGUGGAAGCGAAUGGCAAACCUGUGAAGCUGGGGCCGAAAGAGUUCGCCUCGGCCGUCGAGAUGUUCGACUACUUCUUCGCUCUGCUCCACUCCUGGACGCCGCAGCUUGAGUUCAAUAAGUAUGAGCAAAUGGUGCUGGAGGAUUUGCUGAAGAAAGGCCAUGCUGAACCUGCUAAAAGAUUGGGGCAGGAGUCGAAGCAUUUGAGAUACGCAACCACCCGGUGUGGCAAAGCCGCUGCUUCUUUGUCUGCAGGAUCGAUGGAUCCGUGGAUGACUUCAGCUUCCGCAAAUGUGUGGACAACAUACUGCCUCUCCCUGAGGACAUGA